AUAGGAAUAGCCCGUCGUACUAUGUCCGCUCCUGGAAAUUCGUUUUCUGCGUAAGUCCUGUCGGUACCGUAGUCUGUCUUUCGAGCGCGAGGCAGUCUAUCCAUCAGGCAGCGCAGCCUUGACCCCGUACAGAGGCGGUCAAGCUAAAGUUUUGCAUUUUACCGUUUCACAUUUUCGCGCUCUUUCGGUGGCUCACAGAUGCAGGAUACCCAAAAACGUAUUUGUCCUCUUCUCUCCGUCUCUUUAGUGUCCAGCUUCUUUCUCUUGCCUCCACCAUCAGAAACACAUCGUCCUGGCUUGGUGCCCACUAACAGCCUAGAGAAUAUGUUUUUGAUUUGGGGCAAGAGGCUGAACUAGCCUACGCAAAUCAAGAAUGGCGAGAAUAUCGUAAAUGGUUCCCCAGACGAUAAAGGGACCAGCAAUAAUAUCAGACAUGUAGGCUUGAUUUCAGUCUCGCUCUCUCUACCCUCUGGUGGCGAAGGGCUCGCGCAGAUGUUCAUAGGUCAACGCUUUCUUUCAGCUCUCAAGUAGCUUCAGGUGUGUCAACAACUGACCCUUCGGACGCGGAACUGGAGCGAGGAAAGCAGCGGGAGAAUAUGUGCUGCGGGUAAAUGAAGCGGCUGCUUCUCGCGCUGAGAGCGUUUUCUGGGGAGUGGGGAAGUCGCGCGUUCUAUUGUACUGGGAUCCGUUGUCGGAAAGGCUGGUGAAGAUGCCGUGGAAUUGGAGGAUGCUCUCUUCGCACGUGUGCUACGCCAGCUUCCUUCUUUUCUGGAUAACAGUGGGCACCUCAGUGGUGGACGUGAUGGGGUCCCAGCAAGGGAUUCCUCUGUCAGUGGUAAAGUUAUGGGCCUCAGCGUUUGGCGGAGAAAUGAAAUCAAUUUCUGCCAAAUAUUCUGGAUCUCAGCUGCUGCAGAAGAAAUAUAAAGAAUUUGAAAAGUCUGUCCGAGUCGAAGAGAUUGAUGGCAUGAAAGUGGUAAAAAAUCUAUCGAAGAAAAUGGAGGAGAUGUUCCGUAUGAAAGCAGAGGCCAUGCGGCGGCUGGUGGAGGCAGCAGAGGAGGCCCAUUUACAACACGAGGAGAACCCAGAGCUGCAGUACGAGUACUUCAACGCGGUGCUAAUCAACGAGGUGGAUGAGGAGGGCAACAACGUGGAGCUGGGAGGAGAGUUCAUUCUGGAACCCAACGAGCACUUCAACAACCUAUCAGUCAACCUCAGCCUCAGUGUGGUCCAGGUGCCCACCAACAUGUACAACAAAGAUCCAGCCAUCGUUAAUGGGGUGUAUUGGUCGGAAGCCUUGAAUAAAGUGUUUGUGGAUAACUAUGAAAAAGACCCGUCUCUGAUAUGGCAGUACUUUGGAAGUGCCAAAGGCUUCUUCAGGCAGUAUCCUGGGGUCAAAUGGCAUCCAGACGAACAUGGGGUCAUCGCCUUUGACUGCCGAAACAGGAAGUGGUACAUCCAGGCAGCAACCUCUCCCAAAGACGUGGUGAUUCUGGUGGAUGUCAGCGGCAGCAUGAAGGGCCUCAGACUGACCAUCGCCAGGCAGACUGUCUCCUCCAUUCUGGACACCCUGGGGGAUGACGACUUCUUUAACAUCAUUGCCUACAAUCAGGAGAUCCACUAUGUGGAGCCUUGUCUCAAUGGUACCCUGGUCCGGGCCGACAAGAAUAACAAAGCUCAUUUCCGGGAGCAUCUGGACAAGCUGUUUGCUAAAGGGAUCGGACUGCUGGGUGACGCUCUUACCGAAGCGUUCAGUAUUCUAAAUGAGUUUAACCAGACUGGCCAUGGCAGCGUGUGCAGCCAGGCUAUCAUGCUGGUGACGGACGGGGCCACACAGAUGUACGAUGACGUCUUCGCCAAGUUCAACUGGCCAGACAGAAAGGUGCGCAUAUUCCCGUACCUGAUUGGACGAGAAUCUGCCUUUGCUGAUAACAUGAAAUGGAUGGCUUGUGCUAAUAAAGGGUACUUCAGUCAGAUCUCCACUCUUGCUGAUGUACAAGAGAAUGUGAUGAGGUAUCUUCACGUCAUGAGUCGUCCUAAAGUCAUCGACCAUGAGCACGACACCGUGUGGACGGAGGCCUACGUGGACAGCACCCUCUUUGAGGCACACAAGUCCAGAAAUAAGAAGGGCCCUAGUCUGAUGACCACCGUGGCCAUGCCUGUGUUCAGCACCAAGAACGAGACGAAGAACCAGGGCAUUCUGCUAGGAGUCGUUGGCACAGACAUUCCCCUACAGGAACUCAUGAAGAUCAUUCCUAAACACCUGCUGGGUAUCCAUGGUUACGCUUUUGCCAUUACAAACAACGGCUACAUCUUGACUCAUCCAGACCUGAGGCCACUGUACCAAGAGGGCCAGAAGAGGAGGAAGCCCAACUACAACAGUGUGGACCUAUCUGAGGUGGAGUGGGAAGACAAAGAUGACUUUCUGCGUAAUGCCAUGGUGAACAGGAAGACAGGAACCUUCUCCAUGGAGGUGAAGAAGACAGUGGACAAAGGGAAGCGCCUCUUGAAGAUGCACAAUGACUACUACUACACGGAAGUCAAGGGCACUCCCUUCAGUGUUGGGGUGGCUUUGUCCAGAGGCCACGGGAAAUAUUUCUUCAGGGGAAAUGUGUCAGUGGAAGCAGGACUCCAUGACCUGGAACAGCCAGAUGUUGCUCUGGCAGAUGAAUGGACGUACUGCAACACAGGCGAUCACCACCAACACCGCUCCCUCUCCCAGAUCCAGGCCAUCAAACUCUACCUGACUGGACGCAAGCCACACAUCAAAUGUGACAGAGAGUUAAUCCAGGAGGUGUUGUUUGAUGCUGUGGUCACAGCCCCCCUGGAGGCCUACUGGACUGGCCUGGCCCUCAACAAGUCAGAGAACUCAGACAAAGGUGUGGAAAUUGCCUACCUAGGAACACGUACUGGUCUUUCCAGAACCAACCUGUUUGUGGUCCCAGAGCACCUAUCCAAUCAAGACUUCCUGACAGCAGAGGACAAGGAGGGGGUGUUCAACGCAGACCACUUCCCUCUGUGGUAUAAGAGAGCAGCAGAACAGGUCCCUGGGACCUUCGUCUACUCUAUACCUUUUGGAGGAAAUGAGAAUAAGAGUGUGGUCCUGGCCAGCACCGCCAUACAGCUGCUGGAUGACAGGAAGUCUCCUAUUGUUGCCUCCGUGGGGAUUCAGAUGAAGCUGGAUUUUUUUCAGAGGAAGUUCUGGACCGCUAGCAGACAGUGUGCUGCUCUGGAUGGGAAAUGCACCAUCAGCUGUGAUAAUGAGGACAUACAGUGUUACCUCAUAGACAACAAUGCCUUCAUUCUGGUCACAGAGGACUACUCUCAGACAGGGCUGUUCUUCGGAGAGGUAGAGGGAGCUGUGAUGAACAAGCUUCUCCUCAUGGGCUCCUUCAAAAGGAUCAAUCUGUAUGACUACCAGGCGCUCUGUAAAGAAUAUGCUGGAAGCAGUGAUAGUGCCCGAUCCUUAUCACAUCCCUUCUCCAUUGUGAAAUGGCUCCUCACCGAGCUUAUUUUUUUCUUGCUGGAGUUCAACCUGUAUAGCUGGUGGCAUGUAGACCUCUCUGUCAAAGCCCAAAGCUCAAGGGGAAAGACCAUGAUGGUUCCAUGUGACACUGAGUAUCCUGCCUUUGUCUCUGAACGCACCAUCAAAGAAACCACUGGUAGCAUCGACUGUGAUGGCUGUGUCAGGUCUUUUGUUAUUCAGCAGAUUCCCAGCAGUAACCUUUUCAUGGUGGUCGUGGACAACAAGUGUGACUGCAGCUCUGCCCCUGUAGUUUCCAUGGACCCUAUUGAGAUUAUGUACAACGAAUCUCUGAAAUGUGAUAGGCUGAAGUUUCAGAAAGACAGAAAGCGUCCAGAGUCGUGUCAUCCUUUCCACCCCGAGGAGAAUGCCAUGGAGUGUGGAGGAGUACCAGGCCUCUCUGCCCCCCUCACAGCAGCUCUGCUUCCCCUACUGGCCACUGUCAUCACCAGGUGACCAGGCCGCGCCUGAUGCCCGCCGACAUGGACCCACCUCCGGAGAGACUGAGUGAACGGCGUCAACGCACCAUCAAAUGCUGACAAUGCGCGCAAGGAGCUUUGCCAACCAGAAGAACUUGCUCAUAACUGAGUUGCUUAUUAACAACGGAGAGACUGCCCACUAAUAAAGCACCUCGUUGACCAGCAGAGAAAUGAAGAAUAAGAAAAUGUUAUUCGGGAGAAGAACAUGGUCCCAAGGGUCGAACCGUACACACAUUAGACUGGGAAAUGCGAUAAUGGAGCACUGUGACUUUGAUGAUGACAUCCUGAUAGCGUAACAGAUUGUCUGUGGAUGCCAAAGCCAAGUUAAUAUCUCUCUGUACUGUACAUGCACUGGCAGUUUAUGUUAAAAGGUAAUUAUGUGAAAUGAAUGAAAGAAAAAUGGUACCUUUAAAAAAAAAUAAAGAGUGAUCUAAACUUAUGAAAAUAAACUGCAAAAUACCUAGGGCAUAGUUUUGAGUUUUGAGUUUUACCAUUUUUAGAGGUAAAUAUUUGUAGAUUUCUCUUGAAAAAAUGUAUCCUGUAUUUUGGGAUCAUGUAAAAUAACAGAGAAGAGAGGAUGGUUAAAAUGAAUUUAUUCUGCCUGCUUUUUAAUUUUUACAGCAGAGAACAUUUCCUACAAAGUAAAAAAGUUGCAUGUUAAAAGACAUAUGUUCCAUAAACAAAAUACAUUUCAGAGCUCUGGCUGCAAGCUGAAAAUAUGACCAUUUGCCUGUUUUAGGAAUGUUACUGUAACCUCACCCCUAACGCUCAGCCAUACCCUCAAUCCCAGAACACCUUCCUUCAAGAACGCUGCUAAAGUCAAAAUAAAGACCUAUUUUCCA